AGUAGAACACUGGCAAAAUGGCGAAACAACGGGUUGGAACGAUGUCUAAAUAAAAUGUCAAAUAAAUACAAGGCCUCAUUGAGCAAGGCAAGAGGGAAUUUUUAAACGCUUCCACUUAUGUGAGUAGGGAAAAUGGAGUGAAUGGUUCAAAAUGUGGCGUAUUCGUGAGGUGGGAUCUCGGCUCACUAAAGCUGUAAAAGUGCAGUUGAUAUCAAGGUACAGCAUCUCAUUCACUGCAGCAAGGUGCAAUGAAGUUCAACUAACAAGUACUCGAUACCCUUACGUCAAGAGAGGACAGUAUUCACAGGUACGAGCUUACUCAUACUGCCUUGAAAUCUGGCCCUUGCAUUUAGUCUUCCUCUUCUCCCUUUCUGUUUGGUUAAAAUUCAUGCAUGAUUUCUUGUAUUAAAAAGAUUAUUAUUAUUAUUACUAUUAUUAUUAUUAUUGUUGUUGUUGUUGUUUUUGUUAUGGUAGUUAUUUUUAUUAUUAUUAUUAUUUAAUGAUAAUAAAAAUAAUAAUACUAUUAUUAUCAGUAUUCAAACCUUAAUUUAGUCCAAUGAGAAAGAUUCUAGUGUCAUUAGAAACCUGUAGUAACCUCAUCACAGGUGACCGAUAAUUGACUAUAAGCACUGUACUAGCAGUAACCGGGAUUCUGUAAACAAUGAACAAAAUUAGCAUUAUUUUUGUAGGUCACAGAUGAAGAUAUAAAAGUUUUUGAAGGUUUAUUACCUUCUAGAGUAGUAACAGAUGUAGAAGAAAUAGCAGCCUACAAUGUAGACUGGCUUAAAAUGGUCAGGUAUGUCUGAUAUUUAAACGACAAGCAAAACAUCUUUUUCUGCUAUAAAAUCCACAAGAACAAUAGAAAGGAAUGUUGCUACUACAAUAACUUGAGCUGUAGGCAACUAUAAAACUAAUGGUUUUAGUCUAUUUAUCUCCCUCUGAUGUAAAAAUAAUACUGUCCUAUAAAAGUGCAAAGUGCAUGAUAAACAAUGUUGCUUUCCUUUGUGAUUUAGAACUACAAAAUCAAAAAGCUUAUGUAAUAACAGUGUUUUCCUUUUCCAGAGGAGCCAGUAAAGUACUCCUUAGACCACAAACUACCCAAGAAGUUUCAGAAAUUUUAGCAUAUUGUAAUUCAAGGAGGUUAGUUUUUUUGUUUGUAGCUUUUAUUUUGAUAGUUGUUUUAAAUUUGAAUAAUAUGAUUAAAGGGUACAUUUGUAAUUCAUUUGCUGGAACUUAUAAAUACAGCUUAUAUUAAUAAGUACAUUAUUGCUGGAUAUUAUGACCAUCUCCCUGUAACAUGUACAAUUCUAGUGUGAUGUUUAUACAUAGGCCAUCAGAAAGUAACAACAUUUAUCGUGUUUUGUGCAUAUUUCUGAUUGUGCACUUUCAUUGCCAAAUAUUUGGUAUAAAGCACACAACUCUUCAUUAUCUUGUUUGUUGUUAGAUUAGCUGUGCUCCCUCAGGGUGGAAAUACUGGAUUGGUUGGUAAGUUGAAUCAAAAGGAUUCUUUCACUUCGAUGAAUGACAAUUGUUCAUGAAGUCUAAAUUAUUAGUUUAAAAUCAAGGGGUCAAUAAAUUUUCAAAAGUCUUUGGGGAGGCAGUCAUGGGUGAGUGGUCAGCAUGUUACACUCACAGUCCCUUGCAUUAACCCUGGGUUCCAUCAAGUCCUGCUCUGAUCACUUGCUGGAUUUGUUCUUGGGCAUCCUGAAAUUUGAAUCCUUAGCCAUGCUUGUAUAUAGCCAACUGCUCGUUGUCUUCUGCCAGUAAGGUUGUUUAUCCUGUUAUGUUCUAUUUAGAUUUUUUUUUUAAAAUUAUUUAGAGUAGAUAGUUUUCCAGUAAUCUACAUGUAGCUGGAAAACUGUGUCCACUUCCAAUAUAAAUAAAUCUUUAAUUUGUAAAAUAAAUCAAAGCUUUACCAAUAUUUUCCAUGACUUUCUUGUAGGUGGGAGUGUUCCAGUAUUUGAUGAGAUAAUCAUUUCCAUGUCUUUAAUGAACCAGGUGUUAAGCUUUGAUGAUGUUUCAGGUGAAUGAACACUACUGUUGAUCUUGUUUGUUGCCAAUGGAAAGGGAAACAACCUUAACUUAACUUACAAUCAAUAUAAUGUGUUUAGGAUUGUUGCAACAUAAGGUAUCUGCACAAUUAUUAGCAUCAAAGAAACUUGAUGGUGUUGUUAAUGAACAAUUUGAAGAAUGUUUAUGGCAAGCUAAAUAAUAUAACGUGUGUUGUAGGAUUGAUGUUGGGAGAAAUACACAAAAAACAACAGUCUCAGAAAUGUGAUCAGGAGCCAAUAUUUAAAAUUUAUAUUGGUCAUGUUUGCUGACAAAGAAGAUCCUGUUUGCAAAGUCAAAGUGUCCAUACCAAUGGGACCCUUGGAUAAAUAUUGCUAAACUAUUAAAUGUCUCUAUUGCGCAGGCAAAAAGGUCCACGCGAGAUAAGUCUAGAGUGAUUUCCCCACAUUGGUUGACCAUGUAGUCGCCAAUGCAACUCCACGGUUGCAUGAUUACUGACUGGGGGAUUUAACUGUACUGUACUGUACACUAAUCAUGAUAAAUAUUGCCUCCAUUAAAUUAGGCAUCCUUGUGUGUCAAGCUGGUUGUAUUUUGGAGUCUCUGGACAAUAUAAUGGAGGAGCGUGGUUUCAUAAUGCCCCUGGACUUGGGUGCAAAAGGAAGGUUUGUAGUCCUCUUGUCAACUGGUCAAGCUAAGAACAAAGCUUUCAAACUAAGAGUUUUGGCUUUGGUUUUACUCAAACAUUUUUGUUUAAAAGUAUGGCUAUCAAAUGGUAUCACUUUUCCUCUUGGAAGUCCUUUAUGAGGUGCUGCCCCUAAAUUUAAAAGUGAAUUAAAAGUGAAUUAAGUGGUAAAGAAAUCAUGCUCAUACAAGUCAAUUCAGUAUUCGGUGGAACGCCCUGGAAAACCGAAUGAGAUCAAUUCAUGACAUUGACACUUUUAAAAAGUCACUGAAGUGUAUUUUAUUUUUUUUAUACGACCACAUCAGCUUUGGUGAAUUUUUAAUCGUGUUUAAAUAAAUGCUGUUAUUGUUAAUUGCACCACUGUGGUGUACACCGGCCAAUUUUUUUUAAAGUAAAAAUAACAAGUUUGAAUAUGACUCAUGAAAGGUGGGUACAUAAUUCUACUGGCAGUAUAUUUUGAUGAUUGACAAUGUUGUUUUUGUAAUACAUAUUAUGUAGUUGCCAUAUAGGUGGAAACAUUGCCACUAAUGCUGCAGGUCUAAGGUUGCUGAGAUAUGGCUCUUUGCAUGGCAAUGUGCUUGGAUUAGAAGUGGUAUGUCAUAUGUAGAAAUGCAGUCCCCAUCCUCCUCCCACCUGUAACACAGACCUGCUGUCAGUUAGCAUCAAAUUUUAGAGACAUCUAGAAAGACACUGCUGUUGUUCAGUUUAUAGCUUAGAGACAGGCGUUAUUGUUGAUAAUACAUGUACUCUAUAAAAUACACUGUAACUUCACUUGGCAGCAUUGAUAGUAAAGCAUGAGAUGCUUAGGCCCUCAUUAGCCUUCUAAUCUCAUCUAUAAGUAGGUUGAGUUUGAUCGUCCGGGUAAACGUAGUCCUCAAUAGGACUGUUGUUAUUGACAGUGACUCCAGAGUCAAGGUGACUGCUGCACAGGUUGUUGAAAUGUCUGUCACUGUCAACAACAACAGUCCUAUUCAGGACUACGUUCCCCGGACGAUCAAACUCAAACUACUUUUGAAAUUAUGCUGUGAGGAUUAACUGUAGAGUAUUUCUACCAACUUAUAAAAUAGAUUUCAACUGUUCAAGGUGAUAAAAUAUUACUGGUAUUUUGUAUCAUUGAUCAGAACCUUCUAUAACAAAAGAGGCAGCUAAAAAGGCAUGAACAAUGAUGACAUAUUUUUUCUUUAGUCAAUGUCAUGUUUUUGAAAAUUUUCCAUGGUUGUCUAACCCAGCUGUAACAAAUCAUGUGGACAUCAAUCGUUUAGUCUGUUGGUUUUAUUUUCUGCUACUUUACAGGUUCUUCCAAAUGGAAAUAUACUUGACUGUCUUUCAUCAAUGAGAAAAGACAACACAGGUUUGUUAGGGCUUUCAAUGUCUUGUAGUAUUUUUUCUUCCCUUGUCCCUGGUCUCUUUAUUGCUGCAAGCUAGAGGCUAGUAACUGUAUGCCUUACUUGAGUGCCUGCUUUAAAAUAGUUGAACCUAAUCUUAUGACCCUAAGUUGGCUUUGCCUAUUUGUAGUUUUUACCAUCACUUUUCCUUGUUGUCAUGUUCUCUUUUUAGGAUAUGAUUUAAAACAGCUGUUCAUUGGAUCAGAAGGUUCUUUGGGUGUUAUAACAGCCGCAUCAAUCUCAGUACCAAGGAGACCAAAGGUUGUGUGUAAAUUUCAAUAUCUUUUUUAUUGAGAAAAGAAUAAUGGUACAAGUACAUUGACUGUCUAUAAAAAAUAGUGUGCAUGAAAACAUAUAAGCUAUUCAAUUUCUAUUCACAACAAGACUUGUAAGGAAUAUUUUAAUGUUUAUUGCUUCACUCUAGUGCUUCAUCUGCUUACUGCCACACAUCAUAAGAAUAUCACAUUGUGGCAGAAUGUUUCUUCACAGCACUGUAAUGAUUACUUAAGAUAAAUAAUUGUUUCUUUGAAAGUUUUCCUCUCAGCUUCUGUUCAUAAUCACACAGCAUUAUAUAUAUUUCCCUAGACACACUCACACUCACUUGGUCGCCCAAAGGCGGGCAACCACUAGAUCUUUUCACAGCCUCUUAUCAGCCAUCAGUACAGCAAUCUCAAGAAGAAAAUCUUUGGAGUUCAUACUCCUCUGGUCCUAUAAUUUGAGUAUACUUGCCAUUUCUACAAUAAUAUUGAUGAUGAUGAUGAUGAUAAUAAUAAUAAUUAAUAAUAAUAAAAUUACUUAAUAAUGACAAUUAUAGUAAAAUAAUUUCCACCUGUUUGCAGUCCAUCAAUGUUGCUUUCCUUGGUUGUGAGAGGUUCACAGAUGUUCUUAGCUCUUUUAAACUGGCAGGAACCAUGUUGGGAGAAAUUUUGUCAGGUAUUAUUUUAGUUUUUGAAUAAAUACUCUGGAUUCAUCUAAUAAUAACUGAAAAUGAUGACAUGUAAAAGUCAUGCAACAUAACAUGGGCACAUGGACUUCUACAAUAUUAUUUAAAAAUUAUGAAUUUAAACUACAGAAAACAAAAAUUAUUUUUAUGUUUCAACUACACAUUUAGUUCUGGUUGCAAACAGUUAAUGUGAAUAAUUGUCAUUAUCGAUAAGCAGAAGGUAACCAAACAAAAGUUAUUGGAUUAAACUGAUGAUGGCAUGAAUCAUGCCAAAAUAUUUCUUUAAAUUUAUUUGAUUUUUACCUUUAUUCUAAUUAAUAAUUAUUAAUGAUGAAUCCCACAUACUAACAUAACUUGACAAAUUUCUUUUUCUUAUGGCAUGUUCAUGAAGGACCUAAUUUUUUACUUCAGCAUUUGAAUUCAUCGAUUGUUCCUCUAUGCAUCUUGUGGAAAGUAAACUUGGUUUACACAAUCCAAUCAAUAAAUGGCCAUUUUAUGUGCUUAUUGAGACCUUUGGUUCUAAUAGCAGCCAUGAUGAAGAGGUUUGUAAUAUGCUUACAGAUCAGCUACCACCUAGAGUCUACUGAUUAUGCCAUAGAUCACUUUCUUUUCAAAUGUUUAUAAAUAUUGAAUUAAAAUAUUAUCAUUCUAAAACUUUUCUUGUGUUAUACAUAUAUUUCUAAGAUGUGCAACAGCUGUGAUUCAUCACAUGUUUAAAAAUAGUUUGCAAGUAGAAAAGAAAGUCUUGACAGGAUAGUUGACAAGCAUCAAUUAGAGUCUUCAUAGCCAAUAACAUCAUGGCUUUACUGACAGAUGACCAAUAAUUUUGCAACUUAUGACCAGUCAGAUCAAUAACCACCGUUUAUUACUGUGCACUGAUGUGACACAAUGAUAAAACUUACUUUAACUCUAGAGAUGACUACCAUACAGGUUGUUGAAAAUUAUGUCAGUGACUGUCACUAACAGUCCUAUCUGGGACUAUGCUCACCUGGACAAUCAUAUUACGACAUUUUUUAAUGUUUGGUCAAAUUUGUAAGUUUCUUGAAUUGUAUAACCAACCUGGAAGUUUUUGUAAUCUUUUUGUAGAAAAUGAGUCUUUUCCUUGAAAAAGUAAUAUCUGACAACAUAGCUCAAGAUGGCACUUUAGCAACAGACUUAACUAAGGUGUGUUCCUCAUUUAAACUUGUUGUUGUUGUUGUAUGUCUUUGGCAAUAUCAAAUAAAUUUAAUAACAAUAAAGGAGUUGUGACAUAGUUUUGUUCAAAAGUAUAAUUUUUUUUCUUGAAGAUAAAAGCAGUUUGGGCUUUACGUGAAAGAAUACCAGAGGCUUUGAUGUUUUGUGGUACAGUCUAUAAGGUAAUUAAUAUGAGUGGUAAACACCAGUACAUUUUCAAGAUUAUAGCUGUAACUAGAUACAUGGGAGAUUAUGGUAACUGGUACUGACUUUAAAGAACUAGCUGGUAGUUAACAAGACACUGACCUUUUCCACCCCCUCAAAUGGUUUGUUAAUCAGUGGGUGGUGUAACAUAUACAUUCUAUUAAAUUCAAGUACUAAAAACAGACCUGUAAGUGAAAAAUAUAACUUGACUUACUCAUUCACAAGAGGUUAGUAAGCAGUCAUUAGAUUUAAUAAUAAAAUAUUAGAUAAAAAUAAAUUGUGUGUUAAAAGAUGUUUGUCUGAUCACAUAGUUAAGAAUGGCUUUAAGUCAAAAUAUGAUGCUGUUUAUGAAAAUGCCUUUUUACACAAUGUUUCAAUGUUUUUUAUGCUGGUAGUAUGAUCUGUCACUGCCUUUGCCAAAGAUGUAUGAGCUUGUGUUGCACAUGAGAGAACGACUCAGUGACAUGCAGGUCACUAAUGUUGUUGGAUAUGGUCACCUAGGGGAUGGUAAGUAGUGGAAUCUCAUUCCACUCACCCACCCCUAUUCCACCUGUAUUAGGAAAAAAACUCAUCUGCCGUGGGCAGCUAGCUCAUACUGAAUCUUUGCCGGUAUGAGCAGUGAACCUGCCUGCUUUAUAUUACCAAGAAACCUAAAACUAAUGAAGCUAUGUUCUAGAAAAUAAAAAUGUUUACAGAUAGGAUUAUUCUGUUAAUUCCUACUUGUGAGAGAGAAGAACUUGUACUUAGUAGUUUAUGCUAAAACACUGAAUUGAAAGUUGUCACAAGGUACAGUCUAACCUCACGUUAUAGACACCUCUUUAAUACGGACACCUCUCUAUUACGGACAGUUCGUUUGGUCCCAGAAAUGCCAAAAAUCAUACAUUCCCUACCUCUAUAAUACAGACACUUCUGUAAAGCGGACACUUGGUUGUGUCCCUUUGGUCUCCGUAUUAAAGAGGUUUGACUGUACACAAUUGGGAAACUAAGAACUGGACUUAAUGUAUGACCAACAGACUUGAAAACGAAAAAACGCAAAGGAGUUGGUUAGCCUUUCUAAGCUUCGACUUUGACAAUUGAAUAAAAACUGCUAGUGAAAUAAGUGCCGGAUUUACAGGUUUGAAAAGAAAAGCACCACCUAGAUCCCGGGGGGGGUACUUGGGUUAAUGUUUGCUGGGUAUGUGCCGCUGGCCUCUCAGAGCCCCCACCCCAUUUUAGUCUAUUUUUUGGCCAAUUAUAGACCCCAUCUUAGUCACUUUUUGGAAAAUGUAAUUUUUGCGAUCCCAACUUAGUCACUUUCUAUUUAUGCAUCUACCUUGCCAAUCCUUUAAAAAGCCGGGUCAUCCAAAAACGAAUUGACACAAUUUUUAAACUGAAUAAAGAAUACUUUACUUUCACCUACAACACAAGCAUUCUGGUACGUUUGCUAACCGUAAAUAUUUAUAAAUAUAAAUAUAUAUUUAUUUUUUAUCUAACUGGUUAAUAUUUAAGUUGUGGUUUCAAGAACGGAAUGCAAUGCGGUCAAUGCAAGCUUAUUGUUCAAUUUAAUAAACAACUUUCUGAUCUUUUUAACUGAGAAUCUUCCCAUUUUGAUUCCCUACUUACCCCCAAAAUUCGAGAAUUUGCGACCCCAUUCUAGUAACUCUGUUGAAAAUGCGACCCCAUUAUAGUCACUCCAGUCGUGAAAAUGCGACCCCAUCCAGCGGCACAUCCCCAUUAGGCUCUUGUAAGGGAGUACCUCCCCCUGGGACCUAGAUGUGCCCCCCCCCCCUGAGUACACCACAAGAGUUUAAGUUGAUACAACUUAUUUAUGAUAUUUUCAACACUUUUCACAGGUAACUUGCACCUGAACAUAAUGACACCAGACCACAGUGAUGAAGUGCUUAAUGAAAUUGAGCCAUAUGUUUUUGAGUGGACAGGUUUGGCCAUAUUUUAUUUACAAUUUCGUUUGUGUUUUAUUACAUAUUAAUAACCCAAACUAGAUGAUAAAAGUAAUAUGUAUAAACAUGAGUUACCAUGAUUUUUGAAAAGGAAGAGUUCAUUCAACCUCGCUCCCUGGGAACGAGGUUGGAGUUAAUUGACUUAUGUAGUUACUAUUUAACAAAUUUAGUGACAAAGUUAACGCUGUUAACGGUCCAAUAUGUAUGCUCACAGAGAAUUCCCUCGACACUAAACGAGUUCCCAGAUUUUAAUGGUAGCUAAGGGACGCACAGAUGAAACUGAUUUUGGGUGGGAAAAGGACGGGUGGCGAUCUUACUGUGAUAUUCUCUCUCAGCAAAACACCAUGGAAGUAUAAGUGCCGAGCAUGGUUUAGGAUUCAAGAAAGCAAACUACAUUCAUUUCUCCAAGUCGCCUUCCUCAGUUGCACUCAUGAAAGAGAUAAAAGGACUUCUUGAUCCCAAGGUACAAAAGCUGGAAACAACAAAAUAAUACCAUGAUAAAACUGUCAUUUAUGAUAGUCGUUAUGGGGUGCCAGCAGGCCCCCCAGAAGUGCGAAGCCCAAAACGUUUGGAUAUUUAACAACUGAUAGUUUAUCGUGUAGUUGUGAUAUAAGAACCAACAGACAUAUAUUAAUCCAGUACUCUUUAUUAAAAAAGAAAGAUUGUUUGACCUUAGUUGAGCAAAUGACACAAUAUCUUUAUUAGUUAUUUUAUGAUCAUGGUGAAACAAAGAUAGUCCUAAAAACACUAGUUAAUCGUUGUGUUUUCUGUAUUUGUGGCACUUUCUCUUUUCCUUGUAGAAAUAUUAUGUUAUUGUUUUGUUUUGUCUCCGCAGGGAAUUAUGAAUCCUUACAAAGUCCUUCCACAUUAG